AUGCUGGCAGCCAGGACCGGGGCUGUGGGCAGUAAGAUCUCUGAAGAGAGCACAAAGUUACGGAAACAAUCUGUGCUUUCUGUAGGGAGUAAAGACAAAUCUCCCAAGAGGGCCCCAGAAAAUGCACCAGACAACCAGCUCAGUACCUCGGACCCGAGCCAGCUCAGGGCCCGGCGUUUGGCUCUGCUACGUGAACUGGAAAUGAACUGGUAUUUGAAAAUAUGGGACCUGUCAUCUGAGCACACUGUCGCCCACACGACCGGGAUGCCUCAUAGGAAUCUUGGAAAAUCAGGACUCAGAGUUUCCUGCUUGGGCCUUGGAACAUGGGUCACUUUUGGAGGUCAAAUUUCAGAUGAGGUCGCCGAAAGACUGAUGACCAUUGCCUAUGAGAGUGGCGUCAACCUCUUUGACACAGCAGAGGUGUAUGCUGCUGGAAAAGCUGAAGUGAUCCUUGGAAGUAUCAUCAAGAGGAAGGGAUGGAGGAGAUCCAGCCUGGUCAUAACAACCAAACUCUACUGGGGUGGAAAAGCUGAAACGGAAAGAGGAUUGUCACGAAAACACAUCAUUGAAGGACUGAAGGGUUCCCUCCAGAGACUGCAGCUCGAAUACGUGGAUGUUGUCUUUGCCAAUCGGCCUGACAGUAAUACACCCAUGGAAGAAAUUGUCCGAGCGAUGACCCAUGUGAUAAAUCAAGGAAUGGCCAUGUACUGGGGCACAUCAAGAUGGAGUGCUAUGGAGAUUAUGGAAGCCUAUUCUGUAGCAAGACAGUUCAAUAUGAUUCCACCAGUAUGUGAACAAGCCGAGUAUCAUCUUUUCCAAAGAGAGAAGGUGGAGGUCCAAUUGCCGGAACUAUACCACAAGAUAGGGGUUGGAGCAAUGACCUGGUCCCCCCUCGCCUGUGGGAUCAUCUCAGGGAAAUAUGGCAACGGUGUGCCUGAAAGCUCCAGAGCAUCACUCAAGUGCUACCAGUGGCUGAAGGAAAAGAUCAUAAGUGAAGAAGGAAGAAAGCAGCAAACCAAGCUAAAGGACCUUUCUCCGAUUGCAGAGCGCCUGGGCUGCACCCUCCCUCAGCUAGCAGUGGCAUGGUGCCUGCGGAAUGAGGGAGUGAGCUCUGUUCUCCUAGGGUGUUCCAAUCCUGAGCAACUUAUAGAAAACCUUGGUGCCAUACAGGUCCUCCCAAAGAUGACUUCGCACGUGGUGAACGAGAUCGACAGCAUACUGCGAAACAAGCCCUACAGUAAAAAGGACUACCGCUCCUAAUCCGCUGCAUGAGGCGAUGGAAGUGCAUGGUUAAAAGAGGGGCCUGUACCCGGUUCAGAACUGUUCCAAUAUCCAGUCAUCCAAGCCACUUAGCAAGCAGCCUGCUGCUCAACCUCUAGCGUUCCUGGAUCCUCCGAGGUGUCUGCUGUCGCUACCGCUGUGCGCCCAUGUUUGAAAGCACACGCGAAAACUCACCACCCAACAAGAGCGAUUCUAUUUUCUUAUCUAUGACUAAAGCCGCCGCCGCCACCGAUCCUUGCGUUCUUGCUCUCUGUACCUCACGCUUACGCAAUGAAAAGUAGAUGGAAAACAAAAACAAAAGAUUUAUAACCUUCGGGUGUUUGGUAACAUAAAGAAGGCUGUACAGAUAUAUUUUUUCAAACGAACAAAAUCCACAGAUGCGAUUGUGAGAUAUAAAAAAAAUGUCUUAGCUGAAGUCUUGACGAGGCUUAGGAUCCUGCAGGAGUAAU